AUGUCAUCGAAAUAUGUUCAAGAUCAUCAUUCUGACCAUGAGGCCUAUCCCGAGACAGUGGGGACAAAUAUUGUCAAGAGCGGAGAAUCAUGUCUUAACAUAAUAAAUGACUUUGCAAAAAGAGUUGUAGUAGUCUCUGAUAUGGUGCAUCUUAUUGUUGUUGAGUUACACAGAGUUACUCAAUUACACGGUGUUGAUUCUCGUGAACCAUUUGAUCGCUGA